UCGUCAAAAGCGGAUAUAUAGUAGGAGACGGUAGAUCAACACACUGUAAACAUAAAUCUGCGGCGGUCUGAUAGCGGAAGAGACGACCGGUGUUGUAGAAAUGGGGUGGAUCGGAGAGCAAGUAGAUUCAAUCAAGUCUAUUCAAUUCAGACAGUUUAUCACUCAGACCAUCUCUCUCGGCAUGAUUGUCACAUCAGCACUAAUUAUAUGGAAAGGAUUGAUGUGUGUGACUGGUAGCGAGUCACCUGUUGUUGUGGUGCUUUCUGGGAGCAUGGAGCCUGGCUUCAAGAGAGGUGACAUUUUAUUCUUGCAUAUGAGCAAGGAUCCAAUUCGCGCGGGAGAAAUUGUCGUGUUCAAUAUUGAUGGACGUGAAAUUCCUAUUGUCCAUCGAGUUAUUAAGGUUCACGAGCGCCCAGACACUGGAGAAGUAGAAGUCCUCACAAAAGGUGACAAUAAUCUUGGGGAUGACAGACUUCUGUAUGCUCAGGGACAGCUCUGGCUGCAAAGACAUCAUGUAAUGGGGAGAGCUGUAGGGUUCUUGCCCUAUGUUGGCUGGGUAACAAUCAUUAUGACUGAAAAGCCUAUAAUCAAGUACAUAUUGAUUGGAGCUUUAGGCCUGCUUGUCAUUACAUCAAAGGAGUAGGAUUUGGUCUGUCUUUUUGUAUCAUCAGAUGGCUAAGAUUGGUGGGAAACAAAUUGCAUGUAGACGAAACCUAAUUGUAACAUGUUGAUUUGGAUACAAGAGACUAGUGCUUGAUUAUAGAAUAUAUUUAUUUCUGAGACUAA